ACAAGCCAUAAAAAAAUAGUACCAUCACAGCUGCGAAACAAGGCUUGUCCAAUAGAGGAUGUAAUUAUGAUUCAAAACUCGCCGAGAUACCUUAGCUAUUUCGGUGCCUUGUGCCGCCAGCCUGUUGUGUGUCUCCCCAAUCCGGACAUAUACAGCAGCCCAGACGGAGCUUGCGGAGAUAGCGGCAGCCUCACACUAGAUCAGAGCUAAAACAUAGAUUUUUUUUUAUAAACGCCCAUCUUGCCCAUCUGUAUUUUGUGCAUGCAUCUUGAUUUAAUCUAUACAUCCCUUCUACUGCAAUCUACAACAUCAUGAAGAUUCUCGUUGUUGGCGCCACAGGCUUUGUUGGCACCGAAGUCAUUCGACAGGCGCUGUCCAUCCCCACCAUCACAUCGAUUGUUGGUGUUGCGCGCCGCGAGAGCAAAGUGCCUGAAAAGCUUCUCCCUGGCGCUGAUCCCUCCAAGUUCAAGGCGCUUACUAUUCCUGACUUUAAGAACUACUCCAAAGAGGCCAAGGCGGAGCUUCUCGACGCCGAUGCCUGUAUCUGGACAGUCGCCGUUCUCCCUAGAGACCUGAAGAAAAUGUCACAGGAGACAAUUCGAGAGAUUUGCUACGACUACACCGUGGCGAGCCUGGAUGUCCUUACAUCUGCGCCUCGACCUGCCGGCAAAAAGCCCGUCAAGUUUAUAUACAUGAGUGGCUCCAACAGUGCCCGCGAUCCGGCUAAGAAGCCAUGGAUAAUGGGUGAUUACAGCGUGUUGCGAGGCGAAGUGGAAAGGAAAACACUUGCGUACGGCCGCCAGCACAGCGACCGGCUCCAGGCAUUCGUAGUCAAACCGGGUUUUAUUACGGCGUCAGACCGACCUAUAGGUUACGCACAGCAGAUGUUCUUGGGCAUUCUCAAAUUUGCCAUUGCUCUCCCGACGAUUCCAAACGCCAACGUUGCCGCGUCAUGCCUCAGCCUCGCCAUGGAAGGCAGCAGCACGUACCAGGAUACCUUGACGAGUGCCGAGAUGGAUACGGUGGGCCAAGAGUUUGCCAAAAAGCACAAUAUUGAACCAUAAGCGAAGAGGAAACUAUCAUACUCAGCCUCUCAGGGUUACGGAAUAAACCGGGCAGUGUUAUCAAACCAAAGCCAAUGAAUGUAGGAACAACGAAGUGUUUAGUACCGAAGACAAGGAAAUUUUUAUUCUCUAUUCGUAAAGAACGCGGCAGAGUAAUUAACAUAGUAAAAUAAUGAAGGAUGAAAAAAAUAUUAACAGAACCAUCCGUAACGCCAGCAGGGCGAGGGACAACCCGCGGUCCCUCCCCAGGUCCAUAAACAACCAGAGAGUAUGUGUCAGCCGAUCCGCGGCCGCACAUCUCCAAAUAUGCGCCACUGUUCCCCUCUUAUAUCCAGAAACAAAUGAGAAAUAUGAAAUCGGACAUGUACAAGACGACAGGUGGCUGAGGCUUGUGACGAGAGAAGCCUCGUAAUCGUCAGACUCAGCUAUGCGGAGGGGUGAGGGAGCGCUGAGUGGAUGCAAAUACUGUUUUGCAGAGUAUGUGAUAAAAAGGAAGAAAAAAGGAAAACGCGAUGAGUGAGUCGUAAUUAAUGUGGUAGAGUCAUGUAUAUGAGAGUGAUUAGACAGGCCGUGGCAAACGUGUGCGCUUAGGAGUUGUCGCUUUGUCUGUGAUAUAUAUGUGUGUAUGUAGACAGAGCGCUCAUUCCUCUAAGGCAGUUGGCGACGGUGGCUAGGAUCUCGCGGUUGGUAGCGCGGGUUCUGGGCUUGCUGUUGGGCAACCCAUUCAUUGGUGCGGCCAGGCUGCUCAGCAGGCAGCUUGGUAUCGUGGGCAGCACCACUAAGGACGCGACCAGCCGUCAGGGUGGCUCCGUUGGGAGAACCAGGGACAAGCUCUGUCACAGCCUGGGCAAUAGAGGCAACGACAUAGCCACGGAGUUCUUGGUCCUCUCUCUGGUCCUCCUUUUCCAACCGGAAGCGUUGAUCCUUGCUCAUGUUGCUACGACGGAGCUCCUUAAUCUCUUGCAUAAUCCACAACAUAACUGGCUCGGGGCAGCGGUUGCGCUCGUUGGCAGCAUCGCUGGAGCGGACAUAUCUUCGGGUAACAUCUGUAGCACCGUCGAUAGAAAAGGCUACGCAGUAAGACAUCUUCUUGCGCCAGCCCUCGGUGUACAGGCGGGGGUUAUCCCAAGCCUCUUCGCAGGCGUCGACAUGGACCCAUCGUUGCUGGUGUUCCGAGUAUACCUCAGUCCAGACGUGGUCCUCGGCGUUCCAUACCCAACGGACUCUGCCGCCGAGUGCUCUGCAAAGCAUGCUGAAGCAGUUUGCCCAUUCACCAACGCGGCCGCGGCGGGUCUCCAGCAGGCGCCAGACGUCGCCAUAUCGGGGGAAUCGCUCAUAGGCGCCGCAGUUUUGGGCAGAGCAUCUAUAUAAUUCAACUCGGAGAGCACCGCAGGCAGUCUCAUCUGGUGUCGGGGCGGUCAUGCCCUGGGCAGCUGUGGGAGAGAGGCAUACGGGGCAAGGGGGGUUGUUGACCCAGGUGAAGAAGGAUCGCUUGAACCAGCGAAGAAGCGCACGGAUAACGCAGUCCUGGUAUCCCCACUCAGGUCGUCGACCAUCGCCCAUACUCUCAGCAGCAGCUUGGAGCAGCUGAGUCUCCUCCUCUGCUUCGCCAUAGAUUCUAUCCAGGGGGACCGUGUUCAAGGCCUCGUCGAGAAGACCAGGGUUUUCGUAUUUGGUUGGUGUCAAAGACAGGCUGAUGAGGAGGUUGCGGAACUUUUGCGAGUCUCGGUCGGCGGCUUCAGGCGCGGUUGGGAUAAUAGGAAGAUUGCGGAUGACCGAGUAAGACGGCGGCGUAUGGCCGGCGGGAGAGCCCAUGUUGGAAGCAGCAGCAAUCGAGCUGCCGGCGGGAGAGCCAAGACGGUUGCCAGAGCGAAGGUCAUUCAUGCGCUUGUCGCGAAGCAGGCCUUCGAAGCGGAUGCGAAGGUCGUGAGCCCACUCUUCUCCGUAUGUUCCAUUGGCGUUAGGCUGGCCGAAUGGAGAGCUGGGGCCGUCCAUGGUAUCGGUCUAUAUAUGUGUUGUGUGUGUUUUACGUGAAAGAGAAGUCUCGACUGUGUGUUGAGGAGCAGUUGAGACGGUUUCGAUAUCGAGGGAAGAGGACGGGAAGUCGGGGACGAGAGCGGAUAGUCGUCGUCGGUUCAGAAGCCUAGAGGAGCGAGCAUGUGCGGGUUGAGUGUAAUAAGGGUAAGUAGGUGGAUGUAGGCUGGGGAGAGGUUGUCGUCAGCAGCUGUGAUUCGUAGGCUUCAGCGAGUUCGCCACGAGCCUCCACGCUGCGCUGGGGUGCGUAAUGCUUCUCUUUGUUGGUGGUGAGGCGCCGUUACGUAUAUAGGCCGGAUAUAGACUGGGCCUUGUCGAGAUUGCGAAUGCGCGCUGCAGGGGGCGGAUGCGAAGGAAAAUAAAACAAAAGAACCAAGGCGCGAUGUCGUCAAGCACGGGGGGAGGUAAACGGGGAAGAAAAGGAAGAGAGCGGAAGUAGGGGAAAGAAGAGAGAAGAUGGUGGUGGUGGUGGUGU